AUGGAGUACACCGGCAGUCAGUACCAAGGGGAGCGGCGGGAGGACAGAUUGGAAGGUAAAGGAGAAUAUAUCCUCCCUACAGAAACCCGCUAUGAAGGAGAGAUGAAAGAUGGAAUGUUCCAUGGCCAAGGAACACUGUACUUCCCCAAUGGAAGUAAAUAUGAAGCUCAGUGGGAUAGCGGCAUAGCGCUGGAGGGAAAAUACACUUUUGCUGAUGGACUUCAAUUUGAAAAGGAGAAGUGGCCUUACUGUGAUGGCUACGACAGAAGAUUUUAUACUGAAAUUUGUCAUGGAUUAAAACCUGCAGGUCGCUCCCAACUUACAAAUUUAGAUCCUCCUCGAAAAAUUCCGGAAGACUGUUACGAUUGCGGCGAUGGAUUUUAUGAUCCGGUCAGUAGGGUGGUGAAUGACUACCAGCACAGAUUCCUUCGAAAUGCAGGUCAGUCUAUACAAUUAUUACAUUCUGUUCUCUCAUGUUAA